CAGUGCCGUGACUGCGGCUGUGUCCCAAGGUGGGAGCCACUUGCUCAAGGUUUCCGUGACCGCAGAACACACCGGGAGGCUGCAGCAACAAAUUCUGUACGUCCAGACGCUCCCCCCCCCGCGUGCAGACACGGCUCCAGGCAGGCACCCGCGGGCUUGCAGCAGCGGCAGCUCCGUUACCGCCUCGCUGACAUCUGCAAGGCGGGCCGUUUUAUUUUUGUUUUGCAGGUAAAAGAUGAAAAAAACAUACAGGAAAUGUUUGACCUGAGCGAUUAUGAGAAAUGCGAAGAGCUCAGGAAGUCCAAAAGCAGAAGUAAGAAGAACCACAGUAAAUUUACCCUCGCCCACUCCAGACAGCCUGGAAACACGGCGCCGAAUCUAAUCUUCCUGGCUGUGAGUCCGGAGGAGAAGGAGUCCUGGAUUAAUGCCCUCAACUCAGCAAUCACACGGGCUAAAAACCGCAUCUUAGAUGAGGUUACUGUCGAAGAGGACAGCUACCUCGCCCACCCAACACGUGACAGAGCAAAAAUACAGCACUCCCGACGCCCUCCGACGCGGGGACAUUUGAUGGCUGUGGCAUCUACCUCAACGUCCGAUGGCAUGCUGACACUCGACCUGAUCCAGGAGGAAGACGCCUCUCCGGAGGAUCACAGCACCUGCGAAGAGAGUUUCCGGGUGGAUCUGGAUAAGUCAGUGGCACAUCUUACUGCUGGCCGGCGCCGGUCGGAUUCGGAGAACGUCAAGUCGUCGGAGAAAGGCCGGACGGGGAGUCUCCCGAGACGGGAGGUGACCUCUUGGGACAGAUCUGGGCAGCGCAAUGACUCCUUUGACAAAGGGACCAUGUACACACCCCAGGUCCCCAAAAAGCUCUCGCACUCAGAAAAGAAUAAAUGUGCCUCCAUGGAAGAAAUUCUGUCUCGGCGGGACUCUUCCACGCACCGGGCGGUGCUGAGGAGGGGGCUGGAGGCUCAGUUUGCCUCAGCGGAACCAGAGCAGCUGUCCCGGCUCCAAGAACUGGUUGCACUGAAACUGGAAAAAACUCAGGAACUGCUGACGGAGGUGAAGGGCUACGGGGAAGGCAAGAGAAAGACCAAGGAUUCCAACACCAGCACCACCAGCACCACCACCUCUUCUUCUUCCUCAUCAUCUUCCAAGUCGGACUCUGAAAGGAUCCUGCAGGAAUCUGAGAGGCUGCUGGGGGAGGCUUCCUCCACCUGGAGUCAAGCCAAGAGGGUGUUGCAGGAGAUCAGAGAGCUGAGGGACCUGUACAAACAGUUUGAACUGCAGCAGUCGGACUCAAAAGCCAAACAGAGCUCACAGUCUCAGUACAGGAAGAGCAUGAUGUGAAGGCAAGCCUUGGGAUCGGGAGGGAGGGGCAGGGGAGGGCGGCCAUUUGGGUUUUGUUUUUGGUUUUUUUUUUUCAUUAUUAUUAUUUACAGUGUUCAAAAGAGUGAAAAGGUGCCUGUUCUCACCCAAAUCUGCUUCUCAAAGCUUGAACCCUUCCCUUUCCUCCGUCGCAUCCCCUGACGAAACCACCCUGUGUCCCAACAAAUCCAGUUACGGUUUAUACCUCCUUUUUUAAAAGAGCACCCUUUGCACCGCAGGCCCCCGACUUCUGUCGCGCUCGGAGGACGGGAGAAAGCACCAGUUCCUCGAAAAUGCCCCCGCAUGCCUGGAGCAGCACGUGCAUAACGGUGGGGACAGAUGCUCUUGCGCUGUAUAAGCCCUGGCUUUGCUGCUCUCACGCCUGAGCUGUAUCCCGCACUACAGCUCCUCGACCAAGAGCCUCGUCUUGUUCCCUCACUGUCCUCUUGGAAAUAAA